AGAGAGUGUGGUGUAGUGAUGGUUGGUUUCCGAACGCUACCUGCCAAGUGACAAAUGUCGUCAAGAUUCAUUUGACAUUUCGCUGCUGUUUGUGGUGUGUGAGUCCCGGCGCCGAUAAAUUCGAGAAAUUUGGUAAUAAUUUGAUUGAAGAAUCAUCGAUUUUGAAAUGUCUACGCUUAGUGGACCCAUCAGUACAGCGAAGGACGCCUUGAGUCAGGCGGUCCAAAGCCAUAUAAUUCCGAAUCAAGAAUAUUUGCUGCAAGGAUCAAUCUUGGAUUCAUCGGUGGAACAUCUUCUGCAUAGACUGAAGGGAUUAUGCGACAAUGUUGACACUGGACCGGAACCCUUUCACGAUCAUGAAGUUUGCAUGAGCCUGAGGACGCCGAAUCAGAUGGCCCUACAGCUCCGUGUACGUCGAUCUUUAGAUUGUGAUGCACCACAUCAACUGCGAUAUAUCGGUCAAGCCGAAUUAGGUGACCGAUCAAGACCAACUCUAGUGCGUUCCAGCAUUGAUGUUGCAUGCACCUCUACAGUGAUGGAUUUCCUUACAGAACUGGGCUGUCGGGUUGACUUCGAAUAUACUAAUCGCGGUUACAUGUUUCGAAAGGGACGGAUGAAAAUUACAGUUUCGAAAAUAUUCAAGACUGGGUCGAAUAAACCGGGUGAAAUGGGACCAGAACCAAUAUCGCAAAGUUAUUUGGUUGAGUUAUCCGUUCUUGCGCCGACCGGUCAGGAUGCAAUUGGUGAGGAGAUGCGUGCUUUUGCGGAACAGCUCAGACCACUGGUGCAAUUAGAUAAAAUAGAUUAUAAGAGAUUGGGUUAGAUAUAGUCAAGAUUUUAAUAUAAUGAAAGGGUUUAGAUCAAUAAAGGUCUAGAACAGGGAGACGUUUUAUAA